AUGCCUGAUCUUCAUUGGGAUACAACAACAUUUCUCAGCCUUUACUCUGCUAUCCAAGAAGGUGAGGAAGCUCUAGAACUCUUGCGAUUGGUGAAAGAUGAUUUGUUGAACUUGUUAGUAGUCAAAGGUCCAAACACAAUAAGCAGAAAAGCCCUUGAAUCAAGGAAAAUUACAUCAACAACAAAUGGCCAAAAAUAUGAGUUGAAUGAUGAUUUUGUUCUUUCAUCCAUUGAGCUAUCAAGUGAAUUCAAAAUUGAUGAACUAGUCGCGGCAGAACUAUUAUUGAAUGCGAAAGGCUAUCAAGAGGAUCAGAAUUUAACAACAAGUAUACUAGAUACCGCUAGAAUAGCUUACUACAAGCGCAUUGAGACAAUUCUAUACAUUUUGAAUUAUUACAUUAAUACAGGUUCUCUUGAUGAAUUGAAAUAUUUAUUUGGUGAUGAUUUAAAGGUUAAGAGAAUCUUGCAGGAUAAUAUCUUGAAAUCAUUUGCACAGAUAGAGGCAGAGUUGGACAGCAUUCACGAAUCCAGAAAAGAAUUGAAGAUCCUUCAGCCAACUUUUAUUCCAACAGUAGAUUUCAAGACUAAGGUGAACUUCAGAAGAAGCAAUUUAUUUAAAUUCCAUCAAUUAUUGGGCCAAAUUUUCUACUCCAUAUCUUCUAGCCCAGUUAACUUUAUAGAAGCUGGAUCAAACGAGUUUUUCAAAAAUUGCUUGCAAAAUUUUACUCAAAACUUGAUGUCAGAUGAUUCUUUCUUAUUGAAUUACCUUCCUGGUCUUUAUAAUUAUGUGAUCACAAUUACUAAAAAGCAGAAGUACAAUAAUAAUGUGAUUGAAUUAUUUGAAUUCUUUAGUUCUCAACUCACCUCAAAGAAUAUUGAAGCUACGUUGUUGAAGAAUCCUGCGAAAUCAUCUAUUGUUUUUUUCUUUUAUUGCUUCAUGUCUGAAUGGUUACAAGGAGAAUGGUUUUCUCCAUCCGAACAACAAUCAAACUUUGAUAAAUACUUUGAUAAUAUCCAAUUGUCAAUAUUAAAGUUGAUAAAAAUUGGAUCCUUUGAGCAAUUGAUGGUCAUUGCAGGAGAAAUUUUUUCGUCCACCAUAUCUUCCGCUGUUUCUAACCACUCACAAUUUUAUGAUAUGCAGUUACUUUUACAAAAGCAUAUUCCAAAACUCAUUCCGAAGAGGUUGUUAGAUAUUGACGAAGAAAAGACUAAACAAUUACACGAAUUGAUAAAUAGCUCAAGAAGCAAUAAUUUACUUCACUCUGAUCAUACCAGCGCUGAAUAUCCUAAGAUUUAUUUGGAGUCGCUGCUAAGCCUUCAAUAUGAUAGUAAUUUGAAGCUAAUCUUUCAUUCUAUUUUUGACGACUUGUUAAAAUUGUUUUUAAAUAACUUUUCGAACAUUUUGAUCAGAAUUUGUGAUGCGGAAGAAGAUUUCUAUUUGACAAACAUUAGGAAUUCCAACAAUAAUGUCUCAAUGACCAUUGAUGAUUUGGCGGAACAAGCUGAUUUGGAAAGAUUUUACAUGAUAAUGUUUUAUAAUUUUUCUAACAGAAAAACUCCAAUCUUUGAUAGAUUGAAUGAUGACAGUGUGGAUACUGAUGAAUCAAAUUUCAUAGAAUUUCUCGAAUGGGGGCUUUCUAAAACAACAAAUACUUUGAUAAAAUCCUGUUUUACCAUGUUGUUAAGUGGUUUAGCGGAAGGCGAAGGAUCGGGGGUACAAAUCUACGAAUUGAUGAGUGAUUCUGUCACAGCAGCGAACGGUGGAAAUAUCGAAGAUGGAGGUGUUGGCUCAAAGCUAUUGUUAUUGGAUGGUGGUAUUUCUUCUUUGGGAGGAUCGAAGAGAUCAUCUUCCAAUGUCCUGAGUGGUUCAAAUAAUAGUGAUACUAAGCUAUCGUGGAGCACAAUUUUCAAGAAAUUAAAAGAUCACAAUGAAGAUUUUAAAAAGAAAUACGAAGAAUUUGUGAGCAAGUUUCAGAAUUCCUACAAUGAAUUAUUCUUGCCAUCAUCAUCAUUGAACAGUAUCUUUCCUGGGAAAAGCCAGGUUACUGUUGGCUUAAAUGCCUCCUCAAAUACAAAUGACCAUAAAAAAGAAAAGAAGGAUCUUAAAUUGGAAGAUUUAGAGUUGUCCGAAGAAGAAUUGAUAGAGUUAUCCUCAUACUUCAAGUUAAUUUAUUCAACUACAUUGAGCAACCCAGGAGCGCAAAAUCUAUUUUAUGAAAAGAACAGUUUUGAAUUAUUGGAUAUCCUAUUCGAGUUCUUGAACAACUUGACUAACGUUGCAUCAUUAAAAAAUACUUUUUCAUCUGGAGAAAUGUCUCGCUCAUCUCAAAAGGCAUCUGAUGAUAAAAAUAGUGAAUUAAAGGGUGAGUCAUUUCUAAUUGGAUUAAUUUUGAGCGUCAUUAAAGCUUUGGUGCCGACUAGCAACCUUAACCAUAACACAAUGAAAAUCAAACAGAAAAUCUGGAACAAGUUGGACGAAUGGUUAUUCACUAAUAAAUUAUGUGGUGUCAGUAACAGGAAUAUCAGAAACCCUUCAUUUAAGAAUUUUUUCAACAGUAUCUUUUUGGAAUUUAGCGAUGUUUUUGGCUUCUUGAGUUUAUUUGAAGUUUUGAUUUGUGUCGGUGCAGAAGUAAAUGAUAACGCUGAUGAAUUCUAUGUAGGAAAUAAUGUUGAUGGCCAGAAGUUCCCCUUGCCAUAUCCUGUGAAUUUGGGAGUAAAUUACAGAAAAAGUGGAGUAUGGCCAUAUAUGGAUUAUUUCUUGAAUGACAUCUUCACCUAUUUGACUUCUGAAAAUUUUGAUACUCAUAGAAAAAAUGCUUUAUUAAAGAUAAUUUUGAAUAUUAUGCUUGCUUGUUUCAAGUAUUUCAAUCCAAUGUUGAUCUUGCUGUUGAGUGCUGCAAAUCUUGAUAACGAUUCUUUGAAUUCUAUUGUUGAAAGUGAUGGUGAUUUUGUACAAUAUUUGAGAGAGAAUCCUGCAACAAUAGUUAUGAAUUACUGUUACACCGACAAAGUGAGAGAUAUCUUAUUUAAUUGUGUUUCAAUCGGUAAUGAUGAAAUAUCUGAUAAGAGCGCCUCUGAUUUGAACGUUCAAAUCGUGAAACUAAGUUUGGGCAUUCUUUAUAGAAUAUUGAAGUUUGAAAAUACUUACAUUGAUAUUAUUGUUCCUGCAAUCACCCGGGAGGUAUUGAAUUCUCAAACGAAAACUCUUAGUGGGUCUGCUGUUACUGAUAUCAGAUCUUUAUUUUUCUUACCAGGAGAUGUUGGAACACAUGGUUUAAAAACUUUUUAUAAUGCUUUGUCUUUCAAUUUGCCAAGUAUUGGACAUCUUGGAUUAUACGUCGGCUCUAAUUUUUUUGAAAUUUCAUCAACUAGUAUUGAAUUAUUGAAUCAAAUUUCAAAGUCAAGUCAAUUUUUGGUUCCAAACAGUCUUGCAUCAAAUAAUUUACCAUUAAUAAAGAGAAACAGGUUACUAACUAUUUUUGAAACCAUUGAUGAAUCCGCAAGAAUUAGAAUGGCGUUCGUGGACCAGUUUGAAUCAUCUUAUACAGAAGUGGAAAACAACAAGUACAACGAUUAUUCUGAAAAUUCAAUUGAUCGAAACCUAGAAUUGAAGAUUAAACUAUUGAACUUCCUUGUGGAGGCUUUGCAGGAGUCAGGUAAUGAAAUGACUGUUGCACAUUACUUAUUGGGCUUUGAAGUUUCCUACCAAAAAAGAAUUUCUUUGGGUUCCUUUAAAUCGAUUGGGGCAAUUGGAUCAUCAAGAUCUUUAUUAGGCUCAUUAUUGACCUUCUUUGAGAAUUGCCUUGAACAAAAUGCCGAAAACUCAGAAAACAUGAGUUAUCCAGCAAUAAGAUUCGCUUCAUUAAUUUUGAAGAUUAUCUUACAACUAUGCAAAAGACCAUUGACUUCUUCAUUGAUCCUCGUUUUGUUGGAUAUGAAAUAUAAUUUCUAUGAAAAGCUUUUGAACUUUGAAUUGCUUGUCGGAUUAGAUUCCACAAGAUUUGAUGGCCAAUUGUUUGAUAGUGACUUUAAGAAUCUUGAUAAUAAAUUUGUGGUUAACUCAGCUGCUAUUGGGUGCUUGUUGUCGUUCUACCAAAGUAGAGGUGAGUUGUUGCAAUAUUUGUGUCUUGAAUUAAACCGGAUUUCAAACAAUACAGCGGGAUCACUAAUGAAGCUUGAUAAUGUGAUUAAGAUGUUGAUCGCAAGCAGUGAUGGCUCUCCUAAGGUCUUGUCAUUUUUAGACACUCUUGAGCUUAAUAUCAAGACUACUUCUGCCGUAAAUGAUAUUUCCAAUGGGGUGAAAUUCUUUGAUAAUUUGAACUUGAAGUAUAUUUUCCUGGAUAGAGGCAUACCAAGAGCUGAUUGGUGCUUACAUGGUACACAAUAUAAAAAUGAGUCAUUCAGCUCAAUUUAUAAUUUGGACACUCUAGAAUUCAUCUUGAAUUUGAAGCUCAAGAAGAUGACCCGUGAUGGUGUUUAUACUAGCGAUAAAACUUUGGUAGAUAAGACCUUGGAAGCUAAAUAUAUAAAGGAACUUCAAGCGGAAAAAGAGAAGGCUAAUCAAGAAAAGCCUGCAGCCGCUAACAAGCCUCUGUUCGGUUAUAGUAUGGCUGCUAACACUAAUAUCACUCUGAAUAACUUGCCAUCAGCUUUUAGUAAGGAGUCUCCACUGUUCUCUAAUCAAUUGUUAGUGGUGCAGGAGAAGGAAUUGAUUAAGAAGUUGAUGAUCAAUGCUCAAGCUACACAUGAUUUUAAAAACUACCAAUUGAACUGCUUGCACUCCUGGGUUCAGUUGAUCCAACUAAUAUUGCUUGACAAUAAAGUUAAUAAUUAUUACACAAAAGUUGAGUUUAUUCUUUCAGUUUUUGAGACAAUUGUUCCAAAAAUUAAUAGCUAUUAUGAUUAUGAUAUCAAUAUCUCCAAGGAAUUUGUUUCACUUUCAUUGAUGCUAUUUAGUGUUUAUACAGAAUCUGUCGAGAAGGUAAUAAUACUGGAGCAAAAUAAGGUCGAUGGAAAUGGAAAUCCGGAUAUGACCACAUUAUAUGAAAGACUUUAUCCCGUAUUUCAAACAUGCGUCAGAGGCAUUUUGAACAAGAAUCUGGAUGCAACUUUGAGAUCUGAUUUAUAUGCAUUGAUGAACAAGUUUUUGUUGUGGGUUCUCAAUAAGGGUGACAAGGGAAUUGUUUCUGCAAAUGAGGUAGAUUUUGUUGCCAGGUUAAUCAAAAGUAUUAAAUUCUCAAGUGAUAAGAUUUUAUCAGCUAUUUGUGGCGAUAUUAAUAAUGGUGAUGAUUCAAGUAGAGUUACCGCUUUGAUAUUACUAGAGUCUCUUUGCAGAUUAAGCAACAUAGAUGUCUCAGGUAAACUAGGUGAUAAGAAUGGGAGUGGUAGUCUGAACGUGAACAAGAUUAACUUCCUUGUGAACUACCUCGUUAAUAAUAACAACUUUUUAUUGAUGUUGAUUAGAUCUAUCACUCGGACCGAUGUUUUGUUAUCAUUGACCAAAGACAAUAGAAGUGCAAGUAAUGGGGUUACUCUAAACUCUUUACUUUAUGAAUUGACGGCGUUUAAGGCCACAUUGUCAUUCUUGACGAGAGUUGCUGAAACCAAAGGUGGCUCAAAUCAUUUGAUCCAGUUGGAUAUUUUCAAAACUUUGGGCUCUUUGACGAUCUUAUCUGUUGACCCUGACAUGGGAAUGAAUAUUAUUCUAGAUCAAUUUGAAAAUGACCACGACGGAGUUACAAUUGCUAGUCAGAAUGAAAGUUCCAGACAUCUCAGUAUCAGAUUGAGUCUCGAUAACCCAUUGAAUUUGAGAAAGAACAUCUCGAACAACAAUUCUUCAAGUACUGAGAUAUCAUUAUUUGAAUUAUUUGUUCCCGUCUUCCAAUUGAUUGCUGCAGUUUUGGUGAGCGUUGGGCCAUCAAAUCGCAAAUUGAUUGAAAAUGUGAAAUGUUUGUUGAUCAAGAAUAAUCGUUUGUUUACGGGUAUUAUGAAGAGAGAAGUUCUAUUAGAGAAUUCAGAGCUUCGCCAAGAUGACAUUUCUGUGUCAGGAUUACACAAAUUGAGCGAUUUGUUUUUAUUGUUGAGCUCCUUGACUAAUUAUAGAGGUGACUUUUGA